CGGUCGCGCUUGUCAUUGCGUUGCGACGCGUUGUACCUUAACGACUCAAGUUAAUGAAGGUGUGCGGUCCAAAAAGAAUUUUAAAUUCAUUGCGCCAGAAAUAUGCACAAAGCCAUUAAAAAUAAAUCAAGGUUAUUAUGUGGCCUCAAAAGCUCGAAGGCAGACUUAACGACAGCCAAAUUUAUAUUGUACUAUGGACCCAGCGUAGCUGAUAGCGAUAUCUAUGAUCUGCAUGACUCCAAAAAUUUGCUAGAAGAUGAGCACCUGGAUUUGAACAAGAAUACUGUAUUGUAUUUGCAUGGAUAUCUGGAGGAUCCCGAUGUGGAGAGCAUACAUGUGAUUGCGGAGGCUUAUCUGGAACGCAAUGAUACAAAUCUAAUUGUUCUGGAUUGGGGUGAACUGGCCGAUGGUAAUUAUAUCUUUGAUGCGGUCGUCAAUGCCAAACAAUUGGGACCGGAACUAGCGAAAGUUCUGCUGGACAUGUUCGAACAUGGCCUGGACAUAGAGAAAUUUCAUAUUGUUGGACAUUCGUUAGGCGGCCAGAUGGCUGGUAUUAUAGGCCGUGAGAUUACUAGACGAUCCAAAGGUGUAUUGAAAAUUAAAAGAAUCACCGGCCUGGAUCCUGCCUUUCCCCUCUUCUACCUCACCGCUGGUCUGGCCGCACAUCUAAGCGCAAGUGAUGCAGAAUUCGUGGAUGUUAUUCACACAGAUGCUUGGUUAUAUGGUGCACCUAGCAGCACGGGCACCGCGGACUUUUGGCCAAACGGUGGCAAGACAUUGCAGCCAGGCUGUCCGAAGCGCAAUUAUAAAAUGCUCAGCGAUAAUGAUUUGUCUAGUCAUCGGCGCAGUUGGUGGUUCUGGGCGGAGAGCGUCUCGGACCGUUUUCCAAUUAAGUUCGAUGCGGUUGCAGCCAAAAGCUGGGAUGAUUUCAAACUAAACAAAAUUAUUGAAUCUGAGCAACCUGUUGUCAUGGGUCAUAAUUGUCCCACUAAUAUACAUGGCGAUUUUUACUUACAAACGAAUGGCUUGACGCCUUAUGCUCGUGGCAAGGAUGGCAUAAUCUAUGUGGAUCCCAAGGAGCUGUUAGGCAAUAACAAUACUUAUGAAGCUUCAGUACCUGCAAAGGUAGAGCAAUGAUAUGUGCUUAUGAUAUAUAUUUAUGUAUGUACUUGCAAAUAGCAUACAGUGUGUAAAAUAAAUAUGUUG